AUGCAUCCAUCGGCAUACAAUAUCGAAGUAAAUGAUGAACUGACCAAAGUCAACGUUUAUGACGACAAUGGUUAUCUUCCAAUUCAUCGUGCGACAUUCAAUGGUCUCGACGGAAUUGUCAAGAAUAUUUUGGAUGAUGCGGAGAAAAGAAAUGAUUUAAAAUCACAAUUAGAAGCCAUCACACAUGAUGCUGAUGAGUUUACUCCUUUACUACUCGCAACAACAUCUGGACGAUUAGAAAUUAUCCAUUGUUUAUUAGAAUAUCCUGUUAAUUUGCACGCCAUCGACGCCAACGGAAAUGAUAUUAUUUCCAUUGCUAUUCUUUCUCAAAACGAACGUACUGUUCGCUAUUUACUUGAUUUACCAAUUCUCACCGAACAAUACAAUGUUUGGAAAUCGUUAUUGAGAUUAUUUGUUUCGAUUAAAGAUGAAGAAAGUAUCAUAUGUGGUCGCAUGAUUGAAUCUUUAACGCGUCGAUCGACACCUAAUUCUCCGAUAAGUCCAUAUUGGCUUCCGUUGUUGAAAAAUGGUUUGCUAUCAACAUUGAUUCAAUUGUUUACCGUGACGAAAAAUGAUGAUAUACUUCAAACAACACUCAUUCUUCUUUACAAUGUCACAACCGAAGUUCCCACGGUGAAAAGUGAAUUAAAAACGAUUAAAAAUGCAUUCAGUGCCAUGUUAAAGCAUACGCGUUCGACAAAUUCUGAAAUUUUAAUUAUCUUAGGUCGUGUGCUACUCUGUUUGAGUACAGAUAAAUCUCUGAUUGAGUCGAUGGUUGAACAAGAUCUCAUUGAAUCAUUAAUGAAACUGAUUACUAAAGAACAUUCAUCCCAGAUCAUUUGUUCGUAUUUCGAUUGUCUGUCGAAUGUCAUUUCAAACUCAUCUACAUACCAACAGAAGGUCGCCAAUUCGAAAGAUUUCCUUCGUCUACUGAUCGAAGUUUAUCUCGAAGAUUUCGAUUUAAAUCUCUCUCUCUCGGUCAUUCGUUUCAUUCGUCAAUUAGUGAAAAACAGUGAAUUAAUACAAAAUAUAUUGGCACAUUAUGGCGUAUGCGAUCAUUUACUUGGAGCAUUGACGGCCUCGUCAAAAGAACUACAACACGUAUCAAUCGAAGCAAUACAAGCGUUAAGUCAUAAGAAUCCACGUGUUCAAGAUAUUCUUCUACGUGAACAUGCGAUUGAACAAUUAUUAAUUCUGUUGGAUAAAACGAAUAUGUCGACGUUACAGAUUGUUAUUGUUUGUACAUUGUGGACAUUGUGUGAGACGAGUUCCUCCCGGAAACGUGAUGUUGCAACGAAAAUUGGUGUGAAAAAGUUAAUAGGAUUCUACAUGUUAAAAUCCGACGAGCAUUUAUUAGCUGUGACUGAAGCUUUGCAUGAGUUAACCAAAGGUGCAGCGACGAUUAAGAUGAACAUUCAAGAAGAGAUCAACGAUGCGCAAGGAAUUCCAUAUUUGAUACGUUUAUUGAAAUUGAAUAACGAAACAUUAGUGUUAACCGUUCUCAAAACUUUACAAUUGGUCUGCUGCGCACCCGGUUUCGUUUCGAAUCACGCCAAUCAAGAAGUUAUUCAUAACAACGACGGAAUCAAAUUAAUUGUCGCAUUAACCAUGCAUGCGAAAAGCGACGUCGUACAAGUUGAAGCAGCUCACUGCUUAGCCUGCAUUGCUUUGGGUAAUAGUGAAUGUUCGACGAUUAUUGAGAAUACAUUAGAUUUUUCCUAUUUACAUAUUAUUCAUUUGACACAAGCAACGAAUCUCGAUGUACAGCUGAAAGCAUCAAAUACAUUGGCGAUAUUUAUGUACAAUAAUUCACAUAUUCAGUCAUAUUUAAGUAAAUAUUACCAACUUUCGUUUGAUUAUUUUGAUAAGUUUCUCCAAACCAAUGAUGAAUUUACUCGAUGUACGGCUGCGUUUCAGAUUGUUGUACUAUCGAGCUUGAUUUCGGAACAAAAACGAUCAGUAACAACAGCAAUCGGUUGUGGACUUCUCAUGGAUACACUUCGAUUGUCACAAGUUGAUAAAGUCAAGUCUUUAGCAGCCGAAUGUAUCGCUAGACUUGCACAUAUGAAAUCAGGCUCAGAAGUACAUAAACAUACCGGUGUUCCACAAUCACUGAUUGCUGUCGACGUGAUUGAUUAUUUAUGUAAUCUAUUUUCGUCUUCGAAUGAUAUUACGAUUGGCAAUGCCUCUGUAGCACUGGGAUUUUUAUCGUAUAUACCUGAAGGUCGACGAAAGCUACUGAACAGAUGUCGAAGUGAGCCGGAUAUCAUGAGUUUCUUAAAGAUAUAUAAUUGUUUACCCGGUGCUCCGCCGCGUUUGUCUCCGUCAUUGAUCGAAGAUUGGGAAAGAUAUGACGUGCUAAAACUACCAAAGUUACGUUCGCGAGGAUCAAAUCUUCGAUAUUUUCGCGUAUUUUCCAACAACAUCGAGCGCUUACGCGUUGCACCUCCGUCCACUCGCGUCAAAGAACAAACCUCAACCAAUACAAGUAAAUUCUAUUCAUCAUCUAUACGCCAAAAAAUCUAA